GCGGUAACAACACUGUCUAUUCGAGCGGGAUUCUUUCGAUUAAGGAUCUUAUUUCAACCAGACUAUACAUGCAAUGCUCAACGGCUUCUUUGAAUCAUUUUGAUUACAUUGUUGUUCGGCUUUUUUGAUUUUGUGGCAAAUUUCGAACAAAUUUCAAAUGUAAAAAAAUACCCUCGGCUCGUGCAUAUUAGGCCGUUUUAGUUGAGAGGUUUUCUCAUAGAGGACCCAAUGUAAAUAUUUGACAUACCUCGCAUUCCAUCCGGUUUCGACCGAAAUGUCAAAUUCUUUCACAAGUUUGGUGUUUAGUGCGGCAUAGAUAGACUGGAAAAAAAAUAAUAAUAAUUGGACGUUCAAAAGGAAAAUAUACGGCGUCGGUGUGUUUAUUUUAUUUAUUUUCAAUAAACAAUUAGUUGUUUAAUAAAAAAAGGCUUUCGCGAGCUAGAAUGAUCACCUCAAUAUCCGCUGUGGAAAACUGUAGAGGAUCGUCAUUGGAUAACGUAGAAGAAUCACCUCUAGAGGUCCUUUCGAGGGCGGCCACGAUGGUGCGGCAGGAGAGCCAGCAGGCAUCUUUAGGGGAAGAUUUGAAAAAGCAGUCCCAAAAACAGACAACAAAAUGGAAGCGGGAUAGAAGGCGCCUGCCAGAAUAUUCCAGAAGAUCGGAUCCCAAAGUUCCUGAAACGCUCGGUGUCGAACCAUCGAGUCCUGAAGCCAGUAUCUCAAACGGUAGUAGUCCAAUAAGUCAUUCCAACCGCAUACAAGUGAAGAGGGAGGUGGAUCAAAUAGCGAACGGAAUUGACUCACCCCUAGACAUGACAGUGAGACAAAGAGGGGAGCCUCCAUCUUAUGCUCAAACAAUAAGUAACCCAGGCUUUAGAUCAAGUUACCGGAGUCCCGUUGCAAAUAACGGUGCUCCACCUUCAGCCAGUAGCAGGGAUGAACUACCCUCAGGAAUAUCAAUGUGCGAUCCUGUCAUAGAAGAACAUUUCCGGAGAUCCUUGGGCCGAGAUUAUCAGAUCAUAUUCCAAAAUAAUAAUCCGCAGAAAGAUAAGGAGCUUCCUCUGAAGACUCCACCAAAGGUGGCAACUAACGUCAUCGAGUUUAUGGACGACACCGGCCUCAGUGUGGACGAUCACUUUGCCAAGGCCCUUGGAGACACAUGGAAGCAACUAAACCAAAAAGAAGAAAUCAAAAAUAGGGAAAACGAAAACAACUUGCUUUUAGCUAAAAAUUAAAUACUUAUAACAUUUUUCUUUACUCCUAUUAUCCAAUAAUGCAGUAUAUUAUCUAGAUUGAUAAAAUCUUAUAAUUUUCAUGAAAUAUUUUUGUAGCUGAAUUGCUUGAGUCUUGUUUCCAAUUACAUUGGACAAGAAAGUUAUUUAAUCAAUGUAACUUCCGAAUUAAUUAUUUAAUAACUAUUCCUUUUUGAAUAAUUUAAUCAAUUAUUCAAUUCAUUAUGUAUAUUUGAUAAUCAGGGAUGUUUCUAUUAUAUGAGACUUAUUCUCGAGUAGCAACAAACAAGUACCUUAGAUUAUUGUAAGGCUCUUAUAUUCUAAUAGGCAUCUAGAUUGUAGGUAGAUAGUGGAAAAUCUUGAAGGUAGUUGUUCAUGAUUUUAGUGUUAGAAGUUGUUCAAUACAUAUUGCAUACACUAUUUUUUGUACUCACUAUUGAAGCUGACACUUGUGUUCAAAUUACACUGGUGCCAUAAUACAUAAUAUCUAAGCAAUGACAGCAUAAGCCUCACAGAGUUUUCUUUCAAUAGUGUUUGUUGGAAAAAGAAAUUAAUUUUAUCUGGAAAACACUAAUAAUUUAUGAACAUAUUUUUUUUGCAUUGUUUCUAAUUUUCAAAGUUGCAGUACUUAUAGGCUUUAGUAGUGAGUUUUUUAGCGUACAAAGGGUAGGUUGAACAAUAAAUUACAUAUUCUUUUAAGAAAAUGUAUUUACCUCACCUAUGUAACUAUUGGUCUCGAUUAUGUCGCAAAAACUAUGCACGAAAUCUUUAAGUUCUCUUGUGAAAUAUUUAGUAUGUAUGUAUACAUACCAAAAAAUAAAUAAAUUUACACCUAUAGAAAUUAAGAAACAAUUUGUUAUCAGCCUCAGUAAAGUUUAAGUAAAUAUCAUACACUUUUUCAAAUUUUUACUACUGAAGCCUCUUUAAAAAAAUAUUAUUAUUUCUUAGCACCCUAAAUAAUUUAU